AAGCAGACAUACUGCAUUUGGAGCAGCCAGCUUGCUUGCUUGCCUGCCUGCAAACUCUGUGCCACAAUCUUCCACACUAGACAGGUUGGAGUUCGACGAGCAGGGAUGCGUCGGCUUCUCUCUGCUCCGUUCUUGGUCGCCCUGGUGAGCAUCGGCGCCGCCCAUGGCGCCUUCAACAGGCACAGCUUCCCAGAGGGGUUCCUCUUCGGCACCGGCUCCGCGGCCUAUCAGUACGAAGGCGCGGUAAACGAAGGCGGCAGAGGGCUGAGCAUCUGGGACACCUACGCUCACAUUCCAGGCAAAGUAGAAGAUGGUAGCAACGGGGAUGUAGCAGUGGACUUUUACCAUCGCUACAAAGAGGAUCUGAACUUCCUGACCGAGAUGAACAUGGACGCCUUCCGUUUCUCCAUUGCGUGGAGCAGGAUCCUGCCAAAUGGAACCAUCAGUGGAGGAGUCAACAAAGAGGGCAUUGCCUUCUACAACAGUCUGAUCAACGAGGUCAUAGCUAGAGGUAUGAAGCCAUUUGUCACCAUCUUUCACUUCGACACCCCACAAGCCUUGGAGGAUAAAUACCGGAGCUUCCUCAGUGAAAAUAUUGUGAAGGAUUUCGUGGACUACGCGGACGUGUGUUUCCGGGAGUUCGGCGACCGGGUGAAGUCAUGGAACACGUUCAACGAGCCGAUGAUCUUCUGCGCCGGCGGCUACGGCUCCGGCACCAAGGCCCCCGGCCACUGCUCGCCGUACGUGUCCAAGAACUGCGCCCCCGGCGACUCCGGCACCGAGCCGUACGUCGCCGGCCACAACCUGCUCCUCGCCCACGCCGAGGCCGUCCGCCUCUACCGCCAAAAGUACCAGGCGACGCAGAAGGGGCAGAUCGGCAUCACGCAGGUGUCGCACUGGUUCGUGCCCUACGGCGACUCCGACGCCGACAAGCACGCCGCCAGGCGCAGCCUCGACUUCAUGUACGGAUGGUUCAUGGAUCCGAUCGUGUACGGCGACUACCCGGGCACUAUGAGGAAGCUGGUCGGCGACCGGCUGCCCAAGUUCACCGCCGAGCAGUCGGAGUUGGUGAAGGGAUCCUACGACUUCAUCGGACUCAACUACUACACCACCAACUACGCCAAGAGCGUUCUUCGACGCCCGAGCAAGCUCAAACCGGCCUACGCAACCGACAACUGGGUAAAUCAAACAGCAUACCGCAACGGAGUCCCGAUCGGUCCGCCGGCAUUUACAAAGAUCUUCUUCACCUACGCGCCGGGUCUGCGCGAGCUGCUUCUCUACACCAAGAGGAAGUACAACGACCCUGACAUCUACAUUGCAGAGAACGGCACCGAUGAGGCCAACAACAGCACACUCCCGAUCGCAGAGGCGCUCAAGGACGAGAACCGGAUAUCAUUCCACUACCAGCACCUCCGUUUCACGCAGCUCGCAAUCAAGGAAGGGGUGAAGGUGAAAGGGUACUUCACGUGGACGUUCAUGGAUGACUUCGAGUGGGGCGACGGCUACACCGGCCGCUUCGGCCUCAUCUACGUCGACCGCGCCACGCUGCAGCGCUACCGCAAGCAGUCCAGCUACUGGUUCGCCGACUUCCUCAAGAAAUGAAGAGCAAAUCAACUUAGCUACCUCACUUCUGAAUAAGUUUUCUGAAUAAUUAGACAACUACCUAGCUCUCCUGAGCAGGUUUCUGAAUCAAUCUUUUGGCUUGAAUGAUUAACUGUGUGCGGCCAUUGUUUUUUGUGCUGAGAAAUAAAAAUGCAGUCUUAAUGUAGCCGCUGUUUAAUGCAAACGCUGCUACCU